AUGGCCGAAGGAGAACAAGAACUAACCAGCCAAGGAGAAUUUAUAUCAGUUGACGAACCCAAAGUCGUAUCUAAGUCAAAGAAAAGAAAACACGAGGUUACUACGCAUACAACACCAAUUGAAAGACCUCGGCGACAGGCGCGUCCGGUUGUUCCUUAUGGCUCUCAAAUUCCGGAGACAAAGUCACGUAUGAAGAAGCCCAUUGAAGUUGGACAAGGUGAAGGCAUCCCUCUUGGUCAAAUACCACCAAUAGUCCGGGCUAUUGAUAAACUUAAAACGACCGAUGAUAUCAUCAAAGGUUUACAUAAGUUACUUUACGGUCGGAUCGGGACAAAACACGAUAUAAAAUCUCAUAUUCGCGCGUUUUCCGGAUUUGUCGUUGGAACACCGGUCGACGAAAUGGUUUUUAAAGAGAAACUUGAAAAAUGGAAGAUAGCUGGAUUGAAGGAAAUCUGUUCAUUAUUUAACCUUAAAUCCUCGGGUGACAAGGCAUCGAUCGUUGAACGACUUUUCGAAUUCUUGAAGAAGCCAUAUGACACCUCAACUGAUAAAGAACGUAAAUUAAACAAAAAACCCACCGCGAAAACUACUAAAAGAUCCGUAUCAACGAAGAAAAAAACACCUCGAGAUAUAUAUUUCGUCAAACAAAGAGAAAUUUUUGAAGCGAAAGAUGAUAAUGAAUCUGCAACUAGACAAGAAAUUCAAAAACAAAUGUCCGAGGCUUGGAAUGAAUUAUCCGAAAAAGAGAAAAAACCAUAUAUUUCUUUAGCCGAAAACGCAAACAAAUCAAUCGAGGUUUCCACGGCUUCGUCCAAUACCAUAACAUCCAAAAAAGAAGAUAAUGAAGAGAAAGAAAUUAAAAAGUCUAAAAAAUCACAAUCUACUAAAAAGAACGAUAACGCAGAACCAAAGAAAAAACGGGUUUCAAGGACGAAAAUCAAGUCACCCGAGAUUGUGCAUAGUGAGGAUGAGCUGGAAGACGAAGGAGAGAUAAAUGAAGCUGUCAAAAAACCAAACGAAGAAAAAUCGACAAAUGAAGAUUCAAAGAAUCUUGAAGAAGGGUCAGAAUCGGAUGAAUUAACUUAA